AUGGCCACUAUAAACACAAUUAUCAAUAUGAAAGAUGACACCCUCUCCAUGACUAUGUUAGGUGAAACCACUGAAUUUAAUGUGUUUGAUCCUCCAUCUCAACCUUCUAUCUCUGUUGAAACUUAUUUUGCAAUUGAUGUUGUGAAUGAUGCUAUAAAAGUUGUCAUUUCACAAGAAGAGGAAGAUCAUGUUGAACUGGAGUUCCAAGAAGUGGUAGCUGCCCUAGAAGUGUUCCAGCCAUACCCACCAUUUUGUAGGCCACCACUCGAGACUCUUGGCCCAUUCUCUACGAAAUUGGAACCAUCCAAUGUCACCCCAAUGUUGUAUAUGUCAGAUACACUUGCUGAGAUAGGCCAAAGACUUGAACGGUUAAAGAGCAACACUUUUGAGAAUUCUAUAUCAGCUAGUGCCCAUACUAGCAGUGUAGAAGAGGACAAUAGUUCUUCUACCCCAACGAGUGUAGAUUCUUUCGAUAACUCUAAUUCUGACAAAGAAGAAGAGAUGGCUGUCAAUAACGAUGACAACCGAGCUUUGGAAGAUUAUGCUCAACCGGUUAUACCAAAUUCCCCUUUGUGCAUCUUGCUGCCUACUGAAGCUAGAAAUUAUGAUCUCAAAUCUUCACAUUUUCACAUGCUUCCUUCUUUUUAUGGUUUACCUAACGAAGAUCCAUUAGCCCAUAUUAAGGAAUUCUACAAUGUUGUGAGUGGUUUACCUUUGCAGGGAGUGACUGAAGCAAAUCUGAGGAUGAGGGUUUUUCCUUAUACAUUGAAAGAUAGAGCAAAGGGUUGGCUAAUGACUUUAGCACCUGGUUCGCUCACCACUUGGGAUGCCGUAGCUAAGAAAUUUUUGGAGAAGUUCUUCUCUACUCAAAAGACAGCUACUUUGAGAGGGCAAAUCUUUAACUUUAAACAAGAUGAUGGAGAACCUUUCAAUGAAUGUUGGGAGCGUUUCAAAGGGCUGUUGCUGCAAUGUCCACAUCAUGGGUUACCUCUUUACUUACAAAUGCAAAUUUUUUGUGAUGGACUAACCCAAACAUGUCAAUCGACUGUUGAUAAUGCAGCAGGUGGAGCUUUGAAGAAAAAAAAUGCUCAAGAGUCAUAUAACAUUUAUGAGAUGUUGGGAUCUAAUGCUCAACACAAAGAUACAAGAGGUAAACGAGUUGGAGUGUAUGAAAUGAGUUCUAAUAAUGAUCUUGCCUUGCAGGUGGCUAGUUUGGAAAAGAAGCUCGAUUCUAUGAUCAAUAUGGUGCCUAAGAUAGCUGAGGUGUGUGCCAUUUGCAACAUACCAGGUCAUCCAACUUAUCAAUGCUCGGCUAGUGAGGCUUAUCCCGAAUUUGUUCAAGAGCAAGUGAAUCUCAUGAAUUCUUACAAUCAGAGGCCGAGGAAUGACCCGUUCUCUAAUACAUAUAACCCUGGUUGGAGAGAUCAUCCCAAUCUCUCAUGGAAGAAUAACAAUAAAUUUCAAAAUUUCCAACCAAAGCCUGCCACUACGCUUGAAGAUACUGUCAAAAUGCUAGCUCAAAACACCGUCCAAUUCCAGCAAACUACCAAUAGUACUCUCCAACAACAUUCAGCUGCUCUAACCAAAAUGGAGACACAAUUAGGUCAGAUUGCUGAUGCUUUGAGUCAAAGAGAACCCGGAAAAUUUCCAAGCCAACCGGUGAUACUUCAAAGGAACCAAGAGCAAGCCAAAGCGGUCAUAACACUUAGAAGUGGUAAGGUUAUUAAUAAUGGAGUUGGCAAUGAAGUUACUAAUGAAUCUGAUCAUGUGAAUGCAGGUCCUACUCAAGAAGAGAAUGAGAAACCGAAUGACGAUCCAAGCAAUGCCACUUCUUCGUUUGAAGCUCCAAAUUUUCACAAGGCUGAAAAACCUUACUCUCCACCCAUCCCAUUUCCGGGAAGACUUGCCAAAAGCAAGCAGGAUAAGUCAUUUAAAGAAAUUUUUGAUAUAUUAAGUAAAGUGAAUGUUAAUUUACCUUUGCUUGAUGUCAUUAGGAAUAUGCCAGCGUAUGGGAAAUUUUUCAAGGAGCUAAACACUUAUAAGAGGAAGUAUGGACCUAAUGAAAAGGUGAUGGUGUCUGAAAAUGUGAGUGCUGUGCUUCAAAGAAAGCUCCCACCAAAACUCAAGGAUCCGGGCAGUUUUUCUAUCAAUAUCACCAUUGGAGACAAGCUAGUUGAAAAGGCUAUGCUUGACUUGGGAGCUAGCAUCAAUUUAAUGCCUUAUUCAGUGUAUCUUCAAUUGGGUUUGGGGGGUUUGAAGGCAACAACUAUUUCAUUGCAACUUGCUGAUCGAUCAGUGAAAUAUCCAAGAGGUAUAGUGGAAGAUAUCUUAGUUCAAGUUGACAAACUAAUUUUGCCUGCUGAUUUUGUAGUGUUGGACAUGGAAGAGGCUCCUCGACAUGAUCGUGAGUUGCCUAUUUUGCUUGGGAGACCCUUUAUGGCCACGGCAAAGACGAUCAUAGAUGUGCAAAAUGGUCUCCUCACCAUGACUGUGCUAGGAGAAACUGUACAAUUCAAAGUGUUUGAAUCUCUUUCUCACCCUUCUAGUUCAUUUGAUUGUUGUUCGAUUGAUGUGCUUGAUUCACUUGUUUUCUCUAAGUUUUUGCUGGCACAAUCCAAUGAUCCAUUACAAUAUGUUUUGAGUCAAUCUCAAAAUGACUUUGAUGAAGAAGUGCUCAUGGAGAUGGUGGCUGCCUUGGAAGCAUUAAAACAGUAUCCCUCUACUUUUUCACCUCUUAUAGAGCCAUUAGAACCAUCUGCCACACAUCUGAUCCCUUCUAUUGUUAAACCUCCAAAACUUGACCUUAAACCACUUCCAUCACAUCUAAAAUAUGCUUACCUAGCUGAGUUUGAAACUCUCCCAGUUAUAAUAGCAUCUGAUCUCACCCCUUUGGAAGAAGAUAAGCUAAUUAGGGUGCUAAAAGAGUUCAAAUCAGCCAUUGGUUGGUCUAUUGCAGAUAUCAAGGGAAUAAGCCCUGCCAUGUGUAUGCAUCGAAUUUUAUUGGAGGAGGGAGCGAAACCAACUCGUGAACCACAAAGAAGGCUCAAUCCACACAUGAAGGAUGUAGUGAGAGAUGAAGUGCUGAAGUUGCUAGAUGUGGGUAUCAUAUACCCGAUUUCUGAUAGCAAAUGGGUCAGCGCUGUUCACGUAGUGCCUAAGAGGAUUGGAAUCACAGUGGUAAAAAAUGAGCAUAAAGAGCUUGUUCAAACGAGACCUGCAGCUAGUUGGCGUGUUUGCACCGAUUACAGGAAGUUGAAUUCAGACACUAGAAAAGAUUAUUUUCCUAUGCCUUUUAUUGAUCAAAUGCUUGAGCGAUUAGCUGGUCACUCAUAUUAUUGUUUUCUUGAUGGAUAUUCAGGUUAUAAUCAAAUUGUGAUUGCUCCGGAAGAUCAAGAGAAGACUACAUUCACCUGUCCUUUUGGCACUUUUGCAUAUAGGAGGAUGCCUUUUGGCCUUUGCAAUGCCCCAGCAACAUUCCAAAGAUGUAUGCUGGCAAUCUUUUCAGAUAUGAUUGAGAGAUUUAUUGAGGUAUUCAUGGACGAUUUUUCAGUUUUUGGUUCUUCUUUUGAUAAUUGUCUUAACCAUCUCUCUCUAGGUAUUGAAGUUGACAAAGCAAAAAUUGACAUCAUCUCAAAUAUGGCAGCCCCUGCUUCAGUGAAGGGAGUGAGAAGCUUUCUAGGACAUGCUGGUUUUUAUCGUCGUUUCAUUAAGGAUUUUUCCAAGAUCACUCAUCCAUUGUGCAAUCUUUUGGCCAAAGAUGUUGUAUUUCACUUUGAUAAAGAUUGUAUGAAUGCAUUUAAUACCUUGAAACGUGAACUAACCUCUGCUCCUAUCAUUAUGGCACCAGAUUGGUCUUUGCCUUUUGAGCUAAUGUGUGAUGCCUCUGACUAUGCUAUUGGUGCUGUUUUAGGUCAAAGAGUAAAUAAGCUGCCACACGUAAUCUACUAUGCAAGUCGGACGUUAAACGAUGCUCAACUCAAUUACUCUACAACUGAGAAGGAGUUGCUUGCUGUUGUGUUUGGUUUAGAGAAAUUUCGUUCAUAUCUUGUUGGCUCUAAAGUUAUUGUUUACUCUGAUCAUGCAGCUCUUAGGUUUUUGUUGACCAAGAAAGAUGCUAAACCACGUUUGAUCAGAUGGAUACUCUUGUUUCAAGAGUUUGACCUAGAAAUUCGAGACAAGAAAGGGAGUGAAAAUGUUUUUGCUGAUCACUUGUCACGUCUUGUUGAUGAAAACCAUGGAGAUGGACAAAUUUUGCCUCUCAACGAAUCAUUCCCGGAUGAACAACUCGUUGUCAUUCAAGAUAAAGAGCCAUGGUAUGCUGAUUUUGUCAAUUAUCUUGCUUCUGGUGUAAUUAGAGAUGAUUUGACUUUUCAGGAGAGAGAGAAGUUCUUUUCAAUGGUGAAACACUACAUGUGGGAUGAGCCCUAUUUGUUCAAGUAUUGCCCUGACCAAAUCAUUCGAAGAUGUGCUCCAGAGAAUGCUUUUGAUUUUUGCUUUAAGUGUGAUAGGUGUCAGAAAAUGGGGAGCAUCAGUCGCAGGAACGAAAUGCCAUUAAACAACAUUUUAGUGGUAGAGCUGUUUGAUGCGUGGGGAAUUGACUUCAUGGGACCAUUCCCAUCUUCUUUUGGAUACAUAUACAUACUAGUGGCAGUAGAUUAUGUAUCAAAAUGGGUUGAUCACAAAGUUGUUUUGAAUUUUCUCAAAGAUAUGAUUUUCACUAGGUUUGGAACUCCGAGAGCUAUCAUUAGCGAUGGUGGCAGUCACUUCUGCAACAAACCUUUCGAGGCAUUGAUGAAGAAGUACAACAUCACACAUAAAGUGGCAACUCCAUACCAUCCUCAAACCUCUGGACAAGUAGAAAUCAGCAAUAGAGAAAUAAAGAACAUCUUGAUGAAAACCGUCGGCCCUACAAGAACAGCGUACAAGACCCCAAUUGGAAUGAGCCCUUAUCGACUGGUGUUUGGAAAGGCAUGUCAUCUGCCAAUGGAGCUCGAGCACCGUGCAUAUUGGGCCAUAAAGAAGUUCAAUUUUGAUCUCAAAGAAGCUGGUACAGUGAGGAAGUUCCAACUCAAUGAGUUGGAAGAGCUCAGAAAUGAAUCAUAUGAGAAUGCAAGGAUCUACAAAGAACGAACCAAGCUCUACCAUGACAAAGCAAUUCUUAGGAAGGAGUUUCAACCAGGUAAAUUGAAGUCUAGAUGGGUUGUACCAUUCAAAGUGCUUCAGGUAUUUCCCCAUGGAGCUAUGGAGAUAGAAAACAUCAAGAAUGGCACCCGUUUUAAGGUCAAUGGACAGCGUUUGAAGCCUUAUUUGGAGAAUGUUUCACAGGAGCAGGUUUAUGUCGUUAUAGAUUCUCUCGAGUUUAUGGCAACUUAG